AGCGUUUCUCCUUGCCUUGUUCUGUAACUGACUAUGGGUAUUCAUCACUCAUUAGCAGUGGUAACAAACGCACCUCCUCCUCGAGGCUGCAGCUCCCCCGCUUCCCACGUUGUUUCUUCACAUGCUCCAUUCUACCAAUGCCGAUUUUCCACUAGCCAAGUUCUCCACCAGUUACGUAGAAAGCCGAAAGCAUACCUCGGAUUGAUGAAUUCCCCCUUCUUACUCAAGAUCCCCUUUGCGGGAGAUCUGAAAUUGCUCGCAGAAACCCGCAAUUUCCACGCUAGCUAGCUCCUUUCUUCCUCUAUAUAACUCCUCCCAGCAUCGUCGCCUUCAACAACCCAAUCCGGCAAUCUUUCUCCGCUACUACCACACAGAGGCAUUUUGUCGAACAGGUUUCCUGCCCCUGCAAUGGCGCCGCCUUCGCCCAGCCACGUAGCCCCGCUGCUGAAAGACGAGCUGGACAUCGUCAUCCCCACGAUCAGGAACCUGGACUUCCUCGAGAUGUGGAGGCCGUUCCUGCAGCCGUACCACCUCAUCAUUGUCCAGGACGGCGAUCCUUCAAAGACCAUCAGAGUCCCAGAGGGAUUCGACUACGAGCUCUACAACCGCAACGACAUCAACAAGAUCCUCGGCCCCAAGGCCAGCUGCAUCUCCUUCAAGGAUUCCGCCUGCCGCUGCUUCGGCUUCCUGGUCUCCAAGAAGAAGUACAUCUUCACCAUUGACGAUGACUGCUUCGUGGCGAAGGAUCCGAGUGGGGAAGAGAUAAAUGCUUUGGCGCAGCACAUCAAGAAUCUGUUGACGCCAUCAACCCCCCAUUUCUUCAAUACCCUUUACGAUCCUUACAGGGAAGGUGCUGACUUUGUGAGGGGUUACCCUUUCAGCUUGAGGGAAGGAGUCCCCACUGCCAUCUCUCAUGGCCUCUGGCUCAACAUCCCUGACUAUGAUGCUCCUACCCAGCUUGUCAAGCCUCUUGAGCGCAACUCCAGCUCAACCAGGUAUGUGGAUGCUGUGAUGACGAUCCCGAAAGGCACCCUCUUCCCAAUGUGUGGAAUGAACCUUGCAUUUGACCGAGAGCUGAUCGGCCCUGCUUUGUAUUUUGGGCUCAUGGGUGAUGGUCAACCCAUUGGUCGAUACGAUGAUAUGUGGGCAGGCUGGUGUGCCAAGGUGAUUGCUGACCAUCUGGGUCUGGGAGUAAAGACGGGCUUGCCAUACAUAUGGCACAGCAAGGCAAGCAACCCAUUUGUGAAUCUGAAGAAGGAAUACAAGGGGAUAUACUGGCAGGAAGAGAUCAUUCCAUUCUUCCAAUCUGCUGCACUUCCGAAAGAAUCCAAGACCGUUCAACAGUGCUACCGGGACCUCUCCUUGCUUGUGAAGGAGAAACUUGGCCCAAUCGAUCCAUACUUCCAGAAACUUUCUGAUGAAAUGGUGACCUGGAUCGAGGCCUGGGAAGAGCUCAACCCUGCUGCAAAAUGAACUUCGUCAAGUUUUCGACUCAUUUAAACAUACAAGAAAAAAGCUAUAUGUUUCAUUUCUGUUAUCUCUUUCAAUUUGCUGCUUCUUGCCAUAUUUAUUGUUCUGCUGCUCUGCUUGUUUAUCGACUUGCUUAGCUUCCUUGUAUCCUUUCUUUGCGCCUCCGGCUAUAGAAUGUACUAGUACUGUAUACCGAGAUACUUGUCAUUUUGAUGCCAUUAUCACCUAUAAUAAACUGGAAAGUUCCU